GAUCCUUUGGCCUUAAUGCAGCAUGUUGUCAGGUACAAUAAGCUGAGUCGAGAAGUUCGAGAUUUGGCACGCAAGAUCCGAGACCUUAAUGAGAAAGACUCCUUCCGAGUCAAGUGUACAAGCCAACUAUUGGAAAAACUAUAUUCAGCAGGCCUGAUCCCCACAAAGCAAGGACUGCAACUUUGUGAGAGAGUGUCAGCUUCAUCUUUCUGCAGGAGGCGACUCCCCACCAUUAUGGUGAAACUUCGGAUGGCUCAGAACCUAAAAACAGCAAUUACCUUCAUUGAACAAGGACAUGUGCGGGUUGGACCAGAAGUAAUAACUGACCCAGCCUUCCUGGUGACAAGAAAUACGGAAGACUACAUAACCUGGGUGGACUCAUCGAAAAUCAAACAGCACGUAAAGGAGUACAAUGAGGAGAGAGAUGACUUUGACCUGGUUGUCUAGUUCCAUUCCUGUGUGCUGCCCUGUGCAUUACUUGGCUUAAUUAAAGUGAAUAUCGUCUUUGGUGUCCCAUACUGACUGCAAUCCCCAUUGGUGAAGCAUCCUAUAUGAUGGCUCAAGGCUAUAUGAUGGAACAACAGAUUUAUGAAGUUCUCAGUGGUUAAAAUCAGAGAUCAAGGAAUGUCUAUUUUCUCUGCACACUCAUACUUUCGAUGUUGCAAUAUAAACUCUAAGAUGUUCAAAUUUUUUCAAUAUGGUUGACUGUCACUAAUUAGUUACAAUAAUUUAUUUUCCCAGUGUUGGCAUAGUUCAUCUGAAAACAGAUUUUGAUGCUUCAUUGAAUGGAUCCGAAUAAGUGUCCCAACCUUAUCAUUAGCUACAUUAUUAUCUUUGUUUUACUAGUUUUAUUGGGAAAGUUUCUGUGAACCAUUCCUUUAAGUGUACCAUAACGUGCACACUGACCUAAUGCUGUCUAACUGAUAGCAUGUAUGUUGUGUCCAAUCAUUAAUCUGAUGGUCCUGAAUAUAUUCUGAAGUACAAGCCCACAAGGAAAGUGUACUCUGUGGUUAUCUUCCUGAUGAGUUCAAGUACACACGCAUUCAAAAAAUGAAUAUUAACAGUUCUGCUUUAUGUAACUGGUCGGUAAUUGUGCACUGGCCUCAAAUACAAUCAGCUGAUAAACAGCAUUGUUGCUCCACAGAGUUUAGAUGAUGAAUUCCAUGUACUGGAGACCAAAUCAAGCCUGAACCCCACUGCCAGCCUGCCAGCAACCCACAUACACGCACACACCUUAUCUGUGAUCCUAAGAAGAUUGGCAAAACAUUCCAGUCCCAAAAUUUGAAUCAAAAUCAAAAGAUUCUUUUUCAGCAGAGAAGAUUAUAUUUGCUUUCAGCACCAGAAGGCUGAUUAUGUAUUGAGGGGGACUGAAACAUCAACGGAUUCCAAAUGUUGAUACUGCUGAACAGAUGUGCUAAUUGUGGAUAAUGUACAAACUAGUAUCACUUCUUCGUUUUUGAGACUGAUAUUUCAGCUUCACAAGUGUUUGUUAUUCUCUGCAUAGAAAAGGGUCACAGUGUCUUCUGAUGGUGUAUUUCAAUUUUUCAAAGCAUUUCAACAAAUAAAUUUUUACUCUUUUCAUGUAA